AUGUCAUUCCCCACCAGCUCCAUCUUUCUUGCCCUCGCUGCUGUUGGCACCGCCAGUGCUGCUGCCGUCGACCAUCCGCAGCGCAACGAGGCUAAGAAUGUCACCAACUUCAUUGCAUUCGGCGACUCUUACACGGAUGCAUGCUCAUCGAGUAGGUUACAAUCUUUCACUCCUGAGCAGCGCGCGAAAUGGCCUUUCCCGUACUGCCCGCCGGCGCCUUGGGGCCGCGCGAGCGGUGGCGAGAGCUGGCCGGAGUACAUUCGCAUCCUGCAAGGCCAGGCGGUGCCGACCGACAAGGACUCUCCUGUGCAGGCCGCGUACAAGGGCGAAUGGACCAUCCAGAACCUCGCCCAGUCAGCCGCGACGUGCGACAACGCCGUCUUCCCCCGGGCUCCUAUCAAUGACGUCGGCCAGCAGAUCGACCUGCUCAAGACCAACUACAACACCACGCAGCCGCUGGACAAGAUCCAGACGGACCCUGCGACGACAUGGGCGGCGAUCUUUAUCGGGACCAACGACAUUAGCUUCUACAACUCGACGGCCGACGUGGCCAAGGAGACCGACUGCCUCGAGCGUCGCAUCCAGACGCUGCACGACUUUGGCCACCGAAAGUUCCUCAUCCUGGAGAACAUCAACCUGGAGUACGUGCCCACCUACUCGACCAACGGAGUGGUCAACAAGACGAUCCAGUCGUACACGAGCGGCAACCGCAAGUCGCAGGCCCAGCUCGCCGAGAAGCUGAACAAGAAGUGGCAGAGUGACGGCACCGAGGUGCUCACCUUCCCGACCUUUGAGCUCUUCUCGCGGAUGUACAACAACCCGCGCGAGUACGGCAUGGAGUACGUCAAGGUCCCCUGCGUGACCGGCACGGGCAACAACACCGUCACUUGCAGCCACCCGACAAAGUACCUGUGGUGGAAUGACCUUCACCCGAGCUUCCACGCCGAGCAGAUCCUGGCCGCCAAGGUCGUCAAGUUCCUCGAGGAGGGCGCUCGUGGCGAAGACCUCCUCGCCGGUCCCCAGUGA